AUGAGCUCGUCCGGGUGCAGCGCACAACCAUACUGCUCGACGAAGAGCGGGGCGUCGCACGGGAGGAGCUCGAGCUGGGCGGUCUUCCACCUUGACGUGGACGGCACGAGUGAGCGAAAGAGGAAGAAGCAUUUGCUGCUCUGCUCUGCGCCGUGCCCUCCUUCCGGUCGAGGAAGAUCCUGUGCGCAGCCGCCGCCACCAUCCGGUUGUCCUCUCCCUCUCGGUUCCUUCCACCACCACCACCACCUCUCCUCCUCACACACCAAGCUCACGCACAUUGGCGUCGCCCCCCCAGCAUCCUUCGCCAACCUCCUGAUCUCACUUUUCUCGCUCACCCUCACGCUCCUGCAUGCUCCUGCACCUGCGGUAUGCGACGACCUAGGUGCAGGCCUCUCUCCAAGCCAUCGCACAUACAUUGUGCUGCUGAGGCCACCCGUCGACGCCGGCAGCGAGGACGACCACCGCUGGUGGCAGGAUUCUUUCCUGCCAACGCCUCUCGCCGGCUCCCAUGAGCCACGCCUCAUCCAUACCUACACCGAGGUCUUCACGGGGUUUGCCGUGAGGCUCACCGAAGCCGACCUCGCCAUGGUGUCCCAGAGGAAAGAGUUUGUGCGGGCGUUUCCAGACCAUCUCUGGCGCCCCAGCAUUACUCACACUCCCAAGUUUCUCGGACUGGAGAAAGAUGCCGGGCUGUGGAGGGACACCAACUAUGGCGAAGGAGUCAUAAUCGGUGUAGUCGACACCGGCAUCUAUGCGGCGCAUCCUUCCUUUGAUGACAGUGGCAUCCCGCCACCUCCAUCAAAGUGGAAGGGUUCAUGCCAUGGUACUGCUGCUGCCCAUUGCAAUAACAAAUUGAUUGGUGCCAAGUUCAUCACCGUCAAUGACUCUGGAGAUGUCAUAGGGCAUGGGACACAUACCUCGUCCACGGCUGCUGGGAACUUUGUCAGUGGUGCCUCGGCACAGGGUCUCGGCAGGGGCACAGCAGCCGGGACUGCUCCACGUGCACAUCUGGCCAUGUACAGCAUGUGUACGCUUCGUGGGUGUGACUCCGUUGACAUCAUUGCGGGGAUAGACGAAGCUAUCAAGGAUGGGGUUGAUGUGCUCUCACUCUCCCUUGCCCCUAUUUAUGAUGUUGAGUUCAGUGCAGACCCGGUAGCCAUUGGUGCACUCAGUGCAGUAGCAAAGGGCAUCGUUGUUGUGGCUGCAGCUGGGAAUAAUGGACCCAAAUCGUUUCUUGCAAAUUCUGCACCAUGGUUGCUCACAGUUGCAGCUGGCUCAGUGGACCGAAGCUUCGAGACUGUUGUGCAGCUUGGGAACGGCAAUCACAUCAAUGGAGAGGCUUUUAACCAGAUUACAAACUUAAGCUCCAAGCCCAAAUCUUUUCCUCUGCAUUUGAACAAGCAUUGCAAGUCAUGGCCUGGAAGAAAUGUGGCCGGCAAAAUUGUGAUUUGCCAUAGCACAGGACCAAUGAAUGACACUGGGCCAUCAAUCAACAAGACCGACAUCAGUGCCAUCAUUAGUGCCGGGGCGGCUGGCGUAGUGCUAAUAAACAGGAAAGCUGCCGGUUUCACCACCCUUCUCGAGGACUAUGGCAAUGUGGUGCAGGUGACUGUGGCUGAUGGCAACAAUAUCACAGAGUAUGUGAGGACGACAAGCAAAGCCAGUGCCAAAGUCAUAUACAAGAACACUGUGCUUGGCGUCCGUCCAUCUCCCACGGUCGCGGCAUUCUCAUCCCGCGGUCCCGGCACGUUCAGCCCCGGUGUGCUAAAGCCAGAUAUAUUGGCACCUGGGCUCAACGUCAUUGCUGCAUGGCCACCACUCACCAUGCUUGGAUCUGGGCCAUUCCACAUUAAAUCAGGGACGUCCAUGUCGACUCCACAUGUCAGUGGUGUCGCUGCGCUUGUCAAGAGCUGCCAUCCUGACUGGUCUGCUGCUGCUAUCAAGUCAGCCAUCCUCACCACUGCUGACAUCAUGGACAGCACAGGUGGCCCGAUCUUGGACGAGCAGCAUCAGAGGGCAACCGCGUACGCCAUGGGUGCUGGCCAUGUCAACCCUACAAAAGCAGUUGAUCCAGGCCUUGUGUAUGACCUUGGCAUUACUGAAUAUGCCGGCUACAUAUGUGCUCUACUUGGUGAUCAGGACUUGGCAUUCAUUACGCGUGACCUGAGGUUGUCCUGCAAAAUGCUUCCCAAGAUACCUGAAGCACAACUCAACUACCCUACCAUAACGGUGCCACUCAAGACAAGGCCGUUCACAGUGCACAGAACUGUGACAAACGUGGGCCCAUCAAAUUCCAUACACACACUGAAGAUGGAGAUUCCCAAAUCUCUUACAGUGCGAGUCUACCCAGAGACGCUGGUGUUCUCCAAGGCUGGACAAAAGAUUAGAUAUAGUCUGACGGUGAGCAGCUCUGACAGUGAGAGCUCAAACUUCAUGGAGGGAAGUUUGAGCUGGGUCUCAGUGACCCAUGUUGUGCGCAGUCCGAUCGUUGUUGCACUUUUGUAAGCGGGAAGAGUAUGUGUGCCAUGUGCGAUGUUCUAGAGAAAUGACUGUCUUUUAACUAGUAGGAUUUCCAUGUGUGGAAACUAAUUGAAGUUUGGAUGUGGAGCAUCCAUUGCUCUGUCGCAAAACUGACCACAUAUACACUGCCAGUUUGUGAUGUAUCCAUUCUCUAUAACUCUGUUACUUUGAAAAAGAAAAUGAUUUGGUAUCAUAUCAUUUGGUUCAUCAGGUUUGCUUACAUCUACAUGGAAACACACAACACUAUGUUGUUUGGAUACUGAAAUGUGUGUUUUGAAACCAAAUUUUUUAUGCUUCAUAUUAUUUAUGCAUUCAACUAUGUGGACAUGUUCUUAGCUGCAAAUAUUCUGAUGAGGGAUGUGCCUAACAAAAAUGGUUGUGUUUAACUGAAUUAGAUGCAGAUAAGAUCCGAAAGGUUUUGACAUUUGUGUUUAUUUUACGCCCAUAUGCUCCGAAGUUACCUUAAUCAUGCCCCAACAUCGUAUAACAUACAGUGAGUUAUAUUAUACCUUUAUUGUGCUGCAGAAUUAAUGCCAUGGUUUUGUUAGAAUUUGUGUCCCUGUAUUUUCCUAGGAAGAUGCUAUUUAUCUUGGUAAAUUUGGAGUGAUUGUGUAACUUUGUUUAGAUAUGUCAGAUAUACAGUUAAGAAACUGCAUUAUUAUUUA